GCUCAGAAAAACGGGUGCAAAUGUUUUCCAAUCUCUCCCUUGUUGAGACAAACCCAGCAGAGUACAAAACAAAUUACAAACACUUGCAACCUGACCUAGCUGAGUGCAUAACUUGCAGCUCCUGACAGUACUAUACAGCAUGGGUUCUCCUGGGCUCCCAGUUAUAUUAUUGAUGCUGCUAUUACACCUUACAGCUGCUCCUCCAGGUAAAUCAACCUGCAGCCCAGACCAGUUCCAGUGCAAUGAUGGCAAGUGUAUUAACAGAAGUCUGCGUUGCAACCAAGAACAUGAUUGUGAUGAUCUUACUGAUGAAAUUGGAUGUGUAAAUGAUAAACCAACCUGCAGCCCAGAUCAGUUCAAGUGCAAUGAUGGCAAGUGUAUUAACGUAAGUCUGCGUUGCAACGGAGAACAUGACUGUGACGAUCAUAGUGAUGAGAUUGGAUGUGUAAAUGGAUCUAAAGCUUGCACAUCUACUGAAUUCAAAUGUGGUGGGAGUAAAAAUAGGUGUAUCCCUCUGAUAUGGAAGUGCGAUCAUGAUGAAGACUGUGAGGACGGCUCAGAUGAGAAGGACUGCGAAUCCAGAGCUUGCAAGUCUACCGAGUUCAGCUGUGGUGGGAGAACAAAUCUAUGUAUUCCCCUGACAUGGAAGUGUGAUCAUAACAAAGACUGUGAGGACGGAUCAGAUGAGAAGGACUGCGUGAACGUAACGAAUAUGAAUGCAUCCGAAGUUCGGAAUUAUCGAAAUAAUGAAUCCCACAUCUAAACAAAUGGAACGUAACAAAUUCGAAUGCAUCCGAACAGUUACAAGUGAUUGAAAUAACGAAUGCUGAUCGUAACGAAUGAUCCAAUAAAGGAUGAAAAACCCGAAUGGAGCGAAAGGAUAUCAUUUGGUGUCACUUUAUCUAUACAUUUAUCAAAUUUCACUGAAUCACUUACAAUUCAAAGUUCUUUUUCUUACUGCAUAGACUAUAAAAAAAACUCCUAUGAC